AUGUUUAUUAUUAAUGAAGAAAGAACUAAAAAUGGAAGAGGUGCUAAGAAGGUGACUGCAAAUGAUGGUAUUAAUAAUGAAACUCUUAGCGAAAUGGAUUAUCCCUAUUUGAAUGAAAAACCAAAUGUUGGUAGAAGAACUGAAAAAGGUCGUCGGCACGCGGGUCAUGCCGAAUUGAAAAAACAUCUGUCAAAAGAUGCUUAUUUAUCAAAGAAUGUUAUUGUUGAUGGAAAAAUAGGAAAACGUGAAAAAAAUAGACUUAUUUGUGAAACAUCAAUUGAUUCAAUUUCUGCAAAUGUAUCAUAUUCACUUAAUCGUAAAAAUCGCUGGAACACUAUCUCUCCAAUCUCUCUUAAUUCCAAUGCCCUUUCUUCAAUGUCUGAUAAUGUUACUGUUGCUGUUGUUGAACAAAUGAAUACAAUUCCUGAUAUUGGAUGUAAUAAUGAUAAAACAAAAAAACAUUUAAUUGAAGGAUGUGUUACUGAAGUAACAAUACUAAAUGAAGAUGGAUCAUUAACAAAAAAAAUUGCCCAUAGUGCCUGUGGUGCUAAUCUUUCAUCUUUAUUAAAAAAUAAUGAAAAAAAUGGUAGUGAAACAUCUGAUUUAGAUAUUAAUGAAUUUGAUGAUUCAAAUGAUUCAAUUAAGACAAAAGCCCUUGUUCGUUAUCAUAUAAAUACAUCAUAUAAAAAUACAGAUCACUCAAUUGGUAAACACUUUAAAAAACAACAAAAAGUAUUAAAAGCUACCCAAAAAAUGGUUAAAAAAAAUAAAAAAUUAUCAAAAAAAUUUAAACUUGAUGAGGUUGGUGUAAUGAGUAAUGAUGAGGAAGUUAAUGUAAUUGGAGAGUUAUGUUCAACAGCCAGACCAAUUGCUUCAACAUUUUCAUUAGCUGAUUUUAUAAAAGAAUCAGCUCCUGUUAUGGUUGAUAUAAAACCAAUUGAAAUUAUUGAUGAAAUAAGUACAUUAGAUGAUAAUAAAAUUAAACCAAAAGAAUUAUUAACUUUACCAAAUGAAUUAAAUAAUUCAACAUUAUUUGAUGAAAUUGAUAUUGAUAUUUCAAAAUGGAAUAAAUUUAAUUUUAUUGAUGAAGUUGACAAAAUGAUACAAGAUAAACUUUAUACAAUGGAAUGGAUGGAUGAGGGUAAAACUAGACUUAGAGUUGAUUUUAGUAAUGUUCUUCAAGAUAUGCCUAGUAGUCAUAAAAAAAUGAAACUUAUGGUAAUUAUUACAAAAUUACAAAAUAAAGAAAAUACCUUAAGAGUUCUUUUUAAUGCAUCAUUCAAAAUUUAUAAAGUUAUAAAAUAUCAAAAAGUUAAAAAUAUUAUUGAAAAAAAUAUAUUUGAUGCUAUAACAAAUAUUGGUUCAAUCAAAGAUUUUCUUGAUGCUUGUGUUAUUGCUGGUAGAAGAUGGAUUGAUAUUGAUGAUAAAGAAACAAUGAAAGAAAAUUCUAAUAAAGAAAUUAUUAAUUGGGAUGAAUAUGAUAAUAUUUAUAAUUCUGAACAACUUUCACAAAAUGUGAAACCAUUCUCUGAAUAUCAAUUGUGUGAAAUUUUAACAAAUAAAUAUGUCUAUGGAAAUGAUGAAGCUUUUGAAACAUUGGAAAAAAAAAUUAUUGAUGAUGAAAAUUUUGAUUCUGAUAGAUUUUCUGAUUUUGAUACAGGAUAUGAUGAUGAUUUUGAAAAGAUUCAAUUUGACGAGUGUAGUGAUAAUGAUAUUGAAAAUAAAAAAGAAAUUGUUGCUUUUCUUAAAUCAUGUACAAUUUGUAAAGCAUCAUUGUCACUUGACAAUGCCUUCUUCCUCAAUGAAUGUGGACAUAAUUUUUGUCGUGAAUGUAUUAAAAAAACUCUUCAUAAUCAAAUACGUUCAAGUGUAACACCAUUAGAAUGUCCAACUUGUCAAACAGAAAUUCCUAUUACAUUUUUACCACUUAUUUUUCCACUUCCAUUAGUUUCAUUUUACAUUAAUCUUCAAUAUGUUAAACAAAUGGAAAUUGAAGGAGCUAAUAUUACAAAUUGUAAAAAGUGUAAAGCUGUUGCUAGUAUUGAUUCAAUUAAUGAAUUUAAUAAUGUUAAUUGUCAAAAAUGUGGAAUUCAUUGGUGUAUUCUUUGUAAUGAAGCACCACAUUUUCCAUUAUCAUGUAAACAAAAUAUUGAAUGGAAGGAAAAGUUUAACAAACAAUCAGAAAAUAUGAAAAAUAUUAAUAUGAAUAACAUUGAUAAUACAAAUGUAAUAUCACAAAAAUUUUUCAUAACAGCCAAAGAAGCACAUGAUCUUCGUUUUAAUCGCCAACAAUCGGCUAAAAUUGAUAGAGCAUGGAAAAAAUUACGUACAGAGUAUUCAGAUAAAACAUUCUUACAAUCACGUAAGACUCUCCUUCAUUUAGUUGAAUAUGGUUUUGCUUGGCUUUAUAUGAAUAGAAAUAAUAAACCAGAUAAUUAUAUAAAAAUUAAAAAUAUUUUAUCAGGUUUUUUAAUUGAACUUAAUAAUGUUGAUGAAGCUAUUCUUAACAAUGGUAAAGGAAAUUGGGAGCAAACAAUUCAUAAAAUAAAACAAAAUAUUGAUAAAAUUUUGAAUGAAUUCCGCAAUUAA